CUGCAUUCUGCUUUCAACAUCACCUCCUUUAUACUGUCUGAAAUAGAAGCCAGAUAACUCUGCAGCUUCAAAGCAAAGUUGACCCCAGAGGAUUUGUCACACUUCAAGGUUCCUCUCCAUGACAGUAACACAAUGGACUGGAUACUUUUUGCAUCUCCUAUCUGGUUGGUAUUAGAAGCUGCACUUUGUUUCAAUGUCGAUCCUGUGGCUUGGAAGUCCCUGAGUUCAGGAGAUGCAGGUUUUGGCCACCAGAUGGUGCUAAGGCAAUCAGAUUUGCUUGUUGGUGCACCUCUUCAACAAAACACGAGAAAUCGAAGAGGAAAUAUACUGAAAUGCUCCAAUGGCAGAUGUGUAACUGAGAACAUUUCAGAUGGAAUGUUGGCAGUGAACAUGUCCCUCGGUUUGACAAUGACAAGUGAUCCGUCUACACAGAACACUUUGGUGUGUGGCCCAACCAUUCCCACUGCAUGCAAACAUAUUACCAUGUAUAAUGGCGUGUGCAUUGAGUUGGACAAAUCUAACCGAGUAACACGCCGUGUUCCAUCUGUUCUUCCGCAAUGUAAAAUGGCAAACAUUGCAUUUCUGUUGGAUGGCUCAGGCAGUGUUUCUGGAACAGACUUUUCUAAAAUGAAGGUUUUUGUGACAAAUCUCAUCAGUUCACUUCAACAAGAAGAUGCAAAGUUUGCAGUUGCCCAGUUUUCUAGAGGAUAUGAAACCUACUUUGACUUUAAUACAUAUUCCCGCUAUAACUGGAGGACAAAAGUUAAUAAUAUAAACCAGAUGGAUGAAGGAACAUAUACAGCUCGAGCCAUCAUGAACAUUGUGAGUGGAGUUUUCUCAGGCGCUUUUGCGUCAAAUGCAGAUAAAAUUUUGAUAGUUAUUACUGAUGGAGAAUCGUCUGACCCUGAAAACUUGCAAUCAGCAAUAUACCAAGCUCAGUCAGCAAAUAUUGUUCGAUAUGCUAUUGGGGUGGGCAGUGCAUUCAGGUCCUAUAGUGGAAAAAGGGAGCUUGACUUGAUUGCAUCUUACCCACCACAAAAGCAUGUGUUUCAAGUAGAGAGCUUUCAGGCACUUGAGAACAUAAGAAAAACUUUACAAUCACAGAUUUUUCCCAUUGAAGGAUCUCAGACUGGUGGAAACACACUGAAAAUGGAAAUGUCCCAGGAGGGCUUUAGUGCUGCUUACGGGCCUAUGGGAAUUCAGAUGGGAAUUGUUGGUGCCAACCAGUGGAAGGGAGGUUAUAAGAGAUACAGCAACAGUGUGAGUGUGUCCUAUGGGUCUGAGAAAAUGGAGACUGACAGUUAUCUUGGUUACUCCAUGGCGGUUGCUACGACUACUAGAGGUGCACUGACAAUUUUGGGGGGUCCAAGAUAUCAGCACAGAGGAGCUGUAGAGGUGGUUUCUGGGGACACAUUUAAACAAGUAAUCAACCCCAGCACACUACAGGCUGGGGAAUAUUUUGGCGCAGUGGUUUGUGCCAUGGAUGUGGAUAAUGACCGCUUCUCUGAUCUGAUCCUCAUAUCUUCUCCGAUGUAUAAGGAGGCUGACAGAGAAGGACGAGUCUAUGUCUGCACAAUAGUUCUGUUGAACAUAGAGUGUUCCUUUGAUAGACCAUCCUCACAAACCAUAUUAAGAGGACAUCCAACAACCAAGGGACGGUUUGGAUCUGCUCUCGCUGUUCUGCCUGAUCUGAACAUGGAUACAUUUAAUGAUCUAGCAGUUGGAGCACCUUUAGAGGAUGAUGGUCAAGGCAGUAUUUACAUAUUCCACGGUGAACGGGACAAAAUUAUCAAUCCUUCCUAUUCACAGAGAAUCGCUGCUUCUGAAGUGCAGUCAGGACUGAAGUUCUUUGGCCUCUCCUUCACUCAGUGGUCUUCUGAUCAGAGUGGUGACGGACUGCCUGACUUAGUGGUGGGUUCAAAGGGCACAGUAGUUUUUCUCAGGUCCAGGCCUAUAGUGACUGUGGAACCUUCUGUUACCUUCAGCCCAGAGAAAAUUUCAACACAGGAAGAAAACUGCUCAAAAGAUUUGAAAACCACAGCCAGAGUCUGCUUCAUCAUGAAAACACGAACUGCUGUUGACACAGCUGAGGCAAAAAUUACUUACACUUUAACACUGGAUGCCACCCGAAAGUUCCCAAACAGCCGAGCUUACAUUGCUGAGAAACAACGACAUCAGACUAGCUCACUUGAAGUUGGCUUGAGAAAAGAUGAGUGCCACUCCAUUGAAUUUUUCAUUCAGGCUUGUCCAGAAGAUGCUCUGAAUCCACUUAACAACGAGCUCAGUUUUAAAUUUGAAGGUUUACCUUCCAGCACAAAUCUUAGACCAAGUCUUGGUCAUCAAUCUAUGACAACCUUUCACCCGAUGGAGUUUGAGAUCAACUGUGGCGCUGAUCAGACAUGUAUGGAUAACCUGAAAGUGGAUUUCAACUUCAGCCGCUCUGCGUUGGUUAAAGUGGGCAUCGAUGAACUUGUGAAUGUAACCGUAUCACUGGAGAACAGAGAGGAAAACUCAUACAACAGCCAUGUUACUCUCACAUACCCAGCUGGAAUCUCCUACAGGAAGUUCACCAUCAUUAAGGGGAGAAUUGAAUGCAACUCUUCAGACAGUGAGGAUGGUCAAAGUCGGGGAAACACGCUCUGCACGGUUGAUAAACCAAUUUUCAAAAGCAAAUCCAAGGCUAUUUUUAUAGUUUCCUAUGGGAUUGAAACCAACAGUCAAGUUGGCAGACAGAUCUCCAUCACUGCUAAUGCCUCCAGUGGGAAUCAGCAGCACUCCUCUUUGAGUGAACUCUACAAGAAAAAGGAGAUUGAUGUGAAGUACAGCAUUCUGGUUACAAUCGAGGGGUCCCACAUCUACAGGAACUUCUCUUUUGGAAAAGACCUGAAGAAACCAUUCCAACAAUCUGCAGAGGUUACAAACAAUUUCAGGGCAUUAAAUCUGACUGUUGUGAUCGAGGUUCCUAUAAAACUCGGAGACAAAGACAUUUGGGGAGAUGGGGAAACUCUGCAGAUUCCAGAUUGUCAAAGUGUCAAAGACGAUAAACCGACCAUCACUGACUUUAUUGAUCAAGUAAAGAAGACCAAAAUAGUGGACUGCUCUGUAGCCACAUGCAGGACAUUCAAGUGCAGAAGGUUCAUGGAAAAACAGGAGAAAAUAACACAUACCAUCUCUGCCAAUCUGACUUCAGGGUGGAUAGAACAGAUUGGACUUUCUUCCUCCAGAUUCCUCCUGAUCAGCACAGUCAGUCUUGAAUACGACCAAGAUCAGUACAUCUUUUUCUCCACAACUUCCACCCACAAGCCUCCUGUUCGCAAGCUUGAAGCAGAAGUGGAGGUUUACUCUGAGCCAGAUUUCACUAAAGAGAUUGUUGGAGGAUCUCUGGGAGGGUUGGCAUUUGUGGCCUUGGUUACUGCUGGCCUUUAUAAGGCUGGAUUCUUUAAGAGCAAAUACAGUCAAAUGAUUAAUGAAAAUGCAAAUGCAGCGGAUCCAGAUGAAGAUCCAGAUACAGGAGCCCCCCCAGAGGCCUAAAUCCCAUUCGUCUCAUCUGCUGUGGAUGUCAACACCCAUUGAGCUUUGUAUUAAUGCCUAGCUUUUACUUUUUGAGCAAACUAUGCUAAAUCUUUUGUUUUGUGUAUUUUUUUCUUCAAAGGAUGUUUCUUUGCUGCAAGUUUUUUUUAUUGAAAUACGUAUUGUGUCCUACACCUUAAAUGCAUUAUCUUAGCUUUGCAAAAUAUGCUAAGGAAUGUGCCUAAAAUGAGUAAAUCAUUAAAUAAAAAAUAUUCAAAAUAAAGAACAAACACUUCAUUUGAAGCCUAGCAGAAUGGACAUGAUGCCAGAUGAUGCUUGUACGCACUUCAUGUCUAAAUACACAGACGAUGUUUAACUAAAGAAAUCAGGAGAGACUGGAAAGAGGGAAAAGCACAUGAAAAACAGAACAAGAAUAAAAAAAACAAGACCAAACAAACCAAACCUCAUAACGAUGCAGAAAAAGUCCUGCCUUCCAUAUUAUAAAGGUCCAUUCUAGUGAGGUGAGGUUCAAGGCUGGUGAGCCACUGACGUUAUCAGUAAGAUUUACAAACAUGUGAACCCCCAAAGAGUUACCCAUUCACCAUUUGAUUGGCACCAGUUAAAAAGUGUUGUAUAAAAUUUGGUUUCAACAUUUUCUUCUGUGUACAAAAUGU